ACACUUUUACUCUUAAAAUAAUUUUUGUUUUUCUUGUAACAUUGCAAUGUUCAUUUUAAUCACAAUUAAAAGCAAGUCCAUCUCAUGUAAACCUUUCCUUAACCUUUUUUAUUGUUACCAUUAUAAUAAUCUAGUUCAAUGUAUACACCAUCAUCAAUAUUAAUGUAUUAUUAUCAUUAUUGUUAUUUAUUAUCAUCACCAUCACCAUCACCAACAUCUCUAUCACUCUUCAUAUUUCACCAAUCAUCACUGAAAUCUUCAUAAUAAUUAGUGUUUUCCAUUCCAGCCAGGGAGGAUUGAUAUGGACUCAUCCUUUCCUGAUUUAAGUCACCUUACUGAAGAAGAAAGGAAAAUAAUUGAGUCCGUAAUUAUAAGACAGCGAGAGGAAGAAGCUAAAGAAGCUGAAAUCCUCAAAAAACAACAGGAUGAAGUCGCCAUGCUUGAAAAUGCAAUUCGUAAGCGAAAUGAGGAACAACUCAAACUGGGCUUUGAAUUGGAUGCAACUUGUCAAAUUUGCCUUAAAACAAAAUUCGCUGAUGGUAUUGGACACACAUGUGUCUAUUGUGGUGUACGGGUUUGUGCCCGAUGUGGUGGCAAAGUUAAUCUUAGAUCUUGUAAGUCUCUCUGGGUAUGUAUAUUAUGCAGAAAGAGGCAAGAAAUUUUAAUAAAAACUGGAGAUUGGAUUCAUAGUAAAAUGGCAGUUCGCUUACGGGAAUUGGAGGCAGAAAUGGGAUUAUUAGAGGGAUCCUUCUUUGACUAUCAUGAUCAGCCUUACUCAAGAGAGCGAAGGGGUUCGCUUGGUUUACCAAUACGACCCUCAGUGUUCCGUGACUUGCGACGCCAAUACUCUCAUGAUACCCCUGGAAGUAAAGCUAACCGUCCAGAUAGUCGAUUUGGUUAUGGAUUUGAAAGUAGUCUCGGUGCUGUUGGUGGAGACUUGUUUGGUCGAUCAUGGUAUCAACGGGCAUCUGGCAAUGGACCUGAAACAACUGAACGUGUUUUACCUCAAAUCCCAACUACCUCCAAUAAACCUCCUCCUCGAUCGUUUGGGGGUUUUGGUGCAUUUAGUGCUUUUACCAGUAGAUUGAUGCCUGAUCUAUCCAAAUUCAGAUCAAGACCUUCUGUUGACCAUUCCUAUGAACAUCAACAACAAAUGUUGCUACAACACCACAAUCCCAGUCAGAAUAUUAGCCACACUGAUUCGUCUGGACAACCUUCAACGGAAGCCAUUAAAAUGGUACCACCACCAUCUGAUUUAGACCAAUCGGGUUCAACUCGACGUCUCUCUAAUCAAAUGGUACCCUCAUCAGCAUCAGGAAGUGAUCCUCUCUCUCGACCAGGAAUGGGUCAGCCUUUAACCAAUGACCCUUGGAAUGUUGCUAGUAAUGUUGUGCCAGGUGAGGGAAUGUUACAUGGAAGUGAAGUCAGGCCAAGUGGAGAUAGUGAGGGGUCUGGUGGAAGUGGAUACCAACAACGACAUCACAAACAACUUCCAGCUGUACCUUUCACGGGUAAACAAAUUUUGGCCAAUUCAUCAGCCUCAGCUUCAAUAGCAGCAAACACAGUGCCUAAUAAUCCUGGAACAUCGGAGCCAUCACGAGUAUUUUUAACAUCGAAUCCUUACUCAUCACCAAAUUCAAAUCUAAUCCCGGGAGGAGAGGGACGACACCAUCAACUACCAAUGAUUCAUCAUCAUUCACUUCCACCUCUUCUCUAUUCCUCAUCCACUUCGCACAUUCACCAUCUACACCAGCGUCAUAAUCUGCACUCAUCAGCUCCACUUCUUCCUAAUGUACCUCAACCAUCUUCAGCUGCUACCAAUGUUCUUGGACCUGCUCUUCCUUAUCGCCAUCGUCAACCUCUUCUUCGAGGCUCUUCUUUAACUUACCCGGUAUCCGGUGAAAGUGACCUAAUUGAAAGAAACCUUGGUUUACCGCCAGGUGUUCCAGUUCACCACCACAGUCAUCAUAGAAGUGCUUUUGAAACUCUACGCAACGAUUCUCUCUCAUCUGACCAAUCAAGCUCACCAAUUGGACCUGGAUCAUCUCCUACUAGUCAUCGUCAUCCACAUCAUCCUCAUUACCGACAACAAACAAAUCAACCUCCAGCAUCUUCACCACUUAUCCGAUAUACUCAACACCAUCGAACCCGAAGUAAAUGUAAAAAACUUCAAUACCAAUUUUCUUUGAGCUCUUCUGACGAAGAUUUCCGAACAACACCAGAUUUUCCAACCGAAGAAACUGACUUUGAAGGCUUCCAUGGUGAUCUCGCAAAGUGCCAAAGAAACCUUAAGCGUGAAGAAAUAUUGGAUGCUAAGAUCAAAAAGUUUCUAGCGCAUCCAAUAACUUGGAAACCGUCUCAUGAUGGUAAAAGAUUGAUUGGACACAUGAUAUUGAAAAAGAAUCUCUCUGAUGAACCUGGCUCUGGAUCCAGUGCUGCUAUUUUAGGUCUCAAAGUUAUUGGUGGAAGAAUAACUGAAGCAGGAACUGUUGGUGCCAUCAUUGAAAAGGUUAAAAAAGGUUCAAUUGCAGACACUGUUGGUCGAUUGCGAGCUGGGGAUGAAGUACUCGAAUGGAAUGGACGAUCUCUUCGCCAUAAAACCUAUGAAGAAGUUUAUGAUAUUAUUGCUGAAUCUAAACAAGAACCACAAGUUGAAUUAAUUGUUUCCCGACCAAUCCGACGACCAGCCGGACUACCAGCUACUGUUUACCAAAGUGAACCUUCAAGAUCAACUUUUGAACCAAGAUCUCGAAUCUCCAGACGUUUUACUGAUGUUGAUUUACCAAUUGAUCCUCAUUAUGACAAACAACAACUAAUGUUGAGACAAACAAGUCUCGGAGCUGAAAUAAUUCAACCUCGAACACGAAUAAGUCGUUCUUCGACCAUAAGCGGUCGUUUACAAGUCAAGCUAUGGUACGAUAUUCAGUCAUUACAAUUAAUGAUUACAAUCAUUAGUGCUGUUGAGCUUCCUCCUCGAAGCAAUGGUUCACCGAGAACUGCUUUCUGUAAAAUAGCUUUACUUCCAGAACGAAGAGAACGAAGCAAACGUCGAACGCGUGCAAUUCCUGGUACUAAUGAACCUCGCUGGGACAAGAGUUUUGUUUAUUCGCCGUUAAGAAGAUCUGACCUUAAAACAAAAGCUCUUGAAAUCAUGAUAUGGGAUCAUGAUCGGUAUGCAGGCAACGAAUUUCUCGGUGAAGUUAUAAUUGAACUUGCAACCGCUCCCCUUGAUGAUGAACCUGAAUGGUAUCUUCUUGAAACUCAUGAAGAAACGAUUGCUCAACUGAGAAUCCAACAGAAACUUUACCUUCUUCCAUCUGAUCAGUUUUCCCCACCUUCUCCGUCAUCAAGGCUUUCAGAUAGUGAUACCUCUGAAUUAGAUUUAUAUGAUUAUGAUUCAGAAAUUGAUAUAAAUGCUUCCAGAGAAUCUUGGCAUGGACUAUUGGCGGAAACUAGUCAGAGCUCUUUCGGAAGUACAGCCAGUCCACCUUUAGUUCUUGAUGAGACUGGUGGUGUAGCAAGUGGUGCUGAAGCUGGAAAUGCUUCCAGUCAGCUUCGUCGAUCAGCCAACAAAUCGAUUGGUUAUCAAGGCCAAGCAUAUCGUCGUGCCUUUCAAACAAAGGCUCUUGGUGACUUUAACCGUGGUCCACUGUUGAGUGCCGCUCAUCCAUUCCAAGCAUCCACGUCCCUUCCAAGUAGUUCCAUUCAUCUACUCGACCGAAUGAAGCCCAAAUUUCGUAAAAGCUCAAGUCAACCUUCUCGCUCAUUGUCACCGCCAUCACUUCGUUUUGCUUCGCCUUCCAUUGAUGAAGGGUACUAUCGCGGUUCAAAGCCCAUUCCAACAACACCAACUGGAUCUCCAUUUCAGAUUAAAAAACGUCGCCUUCCUGCAGUUCCAUUCCUUCGCCGAGCGAGUCGUGAUCGUGAUAUUGUUGCUCAGGAAGCUCAAGGAUAUGAUUCAGCCAUUGGCUCAUCAGGAUAUCCUUUACAACCAGAGAUCAGUUUAGCCGGUCGAUCGAAACAGUACAAAACAUCGCUUCAUCAACGUCGUUCUACCGAAGCCUUAACCUCGGGCGGAAUGUAUUCCGACAGUGAGAUCGUCAAUAGACCACAAUAUGAUAGACUCUUCUAUGCCCAUCCACAUCGAAGCUCAACCUCAAGUCGUGGUCGCAAUCGACGAGGAUCCGAAAUAAAUCAAUCAUCUGAUGCUUAUGCCGGAGAAAAAGCACCAGUUGAAAGACGAGAUAGCAGACAAAAGCACACUUCUGGGCGAACUGAAUUAGAUGCACCGGGCAAUGAUAACCUGGCUGGAACUGGAGUAAGACAUCGUAAAGAACGUGGAUCUAUUAAAGUUAAACCAGGAAAUGUCGCAAGUGAAGAUGAAUCUGAGUCAAGCUCUAAAGCAAGCGAAAAUAGUGCCUUUUCUAAUAUUUCCUCUCGACCUCGAAUGAGUCGAACUCAAGGGGAAUACCGUGAACAUCGAGAACAUAGAGAACAUAGAGAGUCAAGGGAAUAUCGAGAAUAUCGAGAUCAUAGAGACCAUAGAGAUAGAGAUCACAGAGAAGGUCGUGAACAUCGAACGCAUCGAGAAAGUAUAUCUGGAAAAUCAGAGGCCAUGGGUCAUGGUUUGACUUUGCGAAUUUCAAUGGAUGAAGAAGAAGAUAGUCAAGAUAAUAAAAUUGAUGCCAGCUUAUCAGAUUCAGCCAUUCUAAGAGAUGGAGCGUCUUCCGAACCUGCUAGCUCAAGCAAGAUAAGGUCAGAAACAAGUGAUAAACAAGGAAACACCAGCCAAGGAGCCUCUGGUGCUACUACAAAAACUGGUAAAUACCAGUCUGGAAUGAAUGCUUUAUCUAAAGCAAAAAGUAGUAGUACAUCACAAUUAAGUGUUACCGGCACCAAGAAGAGACUUGGAUUCCGUCGGAAACAGGCGACAUCAUUUAGUGUUCAUAGAUCAGAAGAAGUUGCCCCUGAUGAUAUUCGGCAUUUAGUUAAACAAGGAAGUAGUAUUUCAUCUGAUGGCGAAGGUAGUCUUAGCGGUGAAAGUUCAGCAACAUGGGUGCCUCAAAUGCGUUUUGUUGCUGAAGGAGAAGUCUCCAAUUUUGUGGAAGGUCUUGGACCCGGUCAAUUAGUGGGUCGUCAAGCUUUAGCCUCACCUAAUUUAGGUGAUAUUCAGCUGAGUAUUUGCGAUAGUAGAGGUAAUCUUGAAGUUGAAGUGAUUCGAGCUCGAGGUCUUCAAACUAAACCUGGAUCAAAAAUGUCACCUGCUACCUAUGUUAAAGUUUAUAUGGUUAAAGGGAGGAAAUGUAUAGCAAAGGCCAAAACUAGCAUUGCUCGUCGAACUUUGGAUCCACUUUAUCAACAGAAGUUAAUAUUUCAUGAAGACUAUAGAGGAUGUGUUUUACAGGUUACCGUUUGGGGUGAUUACGGACGAAUUGAAAAGAAGGCAUUCAUGGGUGUCGUUCAAAUUGUUUUAGAUGAUCUUGAUCUUUCCAAUAUUGUGAUAGGAUGGUACAAGCUCUUCCAUCCAUCUUCUCUCAUAAGUUUGCCAAUCGAAGCAUCGGCUCGACAAGGAAUGAUGGCUUCUGACAGUUUCGGCUGAGACGAGCAAAGACAACGAAAGGUUAAACGUCAUAACUGACAUAAUCGUUCCAACUAAUACAAAAUUAAUGAAUUUUUUGUGUUAAGUAUCAAUUGGGUGAAAAACGAGUUAACCCAAUAUCGUGGAAUCGUAAUUGCAGAUGAAAUAGAAGAUGGAUUCGAUUAAUUUUGCCCAUUGUGGUUAGUUUUACAUGCAAGAGCCUAAUAGAAGGAGAAACAUUGAAAAAUAAUUAAAUUGAUUAGUUAACCAAAAAGUGAAUUAACGACCAAAAAUAAGGCUAAAGAUGGUGAUUAGGUUAAAUUUUAAGCAAAGAACCAGAUAAGUCAAGAGUUAUGGCAGCGUUUGUUGAUUGGAAGUUGUCCUUUAAACGACUUGAAAUCGAAGCAUUUUUUCGUUUACAUUUUAUUUUUUGUUGAACACAAACAAAAAGACGACCAUAAAUGGGCUUUCGUUUAUUACCUUUAAUCACAAUUAAACAAUUUAAUGAAUCAACAACAACAAUCGAGCUUUCGACGGAAGAAAAUGGCUAACCAGAGUUGAAGGAAUGAACACUCAACACACUGCCACAAAAUUAAGGAUUGAAUUAAGGACUGAUUAGUUUCGAACAAAAAAAGUCGUCAAUUGUCUUAUAACUGGUUCAAUUAAGAGCAGAUUAGCGAAGUCGAAGAGAUUGUAGUGUAAAUCAGAACUAAAUUGAAACCUAAAAAUCAAAAGCUAUUAUAUUAUACUAAAUGGAAUCGUGACUAUCAUCAAUAUUAUCCUCUUUUUAUUUGUAAAAAUUUAAAUUGAAUAAUGUAAUGUGUUUGUGAAGGUUGGCUGUAAUCUGAUUAUAAUCUAGAUAAUGGACUCAACAAACUGAUGAUCAUCAUGUUAUCGUUUUUUUUAUUUAAUUAUGAUUAUCUUUUUCUUGUUAAACUGACUAAACUAGCCUUGUGAUUUAUCUUUAUCCUCUCAUUUCACCUUAAUGUGCAAUUAGUGCGCCUUUACAAAUAUCUUUUUGUAUUUAUGCUUCACUACCAACUUUCAUUUUUUGUAUCUUUUUUUGUACAAUUUGUUAAUUAAUCCUAUCCUUUUCUUGUAACAAAUAAACUUCUCGCU